UUAACAAAAUUUCCCAUUGAACCGAGGUGACGUGGACGGUACAAUGGGAAUAAAAAAAAAUAGUUGUAUUUUGAGAACUAGAAAAAUUUCCAACAUUAUUUAGGGAAAGCGUUCAGAAAAAAGGGAGAAAAAACCUAUCUUCGUUUUUAAAGUAUUUUAAGAUAUUGAAAUUCCAAUCUUAUACCCGUCAUUUCAAAUUCCAAUAUUCAUAGUAAAAGCCCAAGUCUCUCUCUCCUCCAUUGUAGCAGAUUCCUCCGUUAAAGCAGCUUAGCAAGCUCUCUCCGCCAUUGAAGUAGACUAGUGAGCUCUCUCCUCCAUUAAAGCUCUUUCUCCUCCGUCGAAGUGUAGCAGCGGCGCGUGUGAGCUUUUUCUCCUCCAUUGAAUCGGCUUCUGAGACUUAUUCAAUUAUCAUGGAAGAUGCGGCAAGGAGAAACAGUUCUAUCCAACGAUUCAGAACAUCGAUUCCUCCCAGUGCUGGACGUGAAGAUAGGUUCUUGUUCAAUGUUGAUUUAAAACAAGAAAAUGAUGCAUCUAAUCAGAUUUUACGCAAAAUUUUAGAGUCGGUAGACUUCAAGAUAGUUGGUGCACUAGAAAAGCUAGAAGAAGUUGAGGCAUGGAGAGCAGAAUCACUCUCAAAGAUGGUGCUUACAGAAAGUGAACGUGCACAACCUUCGCCACUAAGGACGGAAGGGUUUGAUAAUCAUAAUCGACAAGUUUUCUACUUGAAGGUGAUGUUGGUUGACAAAAAACGUGACACUAACAUCCUUUUAAAGGUUUUCUGCACUGAAUUAGGAAGAUUAAUGGAACAGUGCAAAGAUUUCUUUUUGGUCGUCGAUUUCACUGGCGGAAAUACUCAUAUGCAAAGGGUGCAUGUUCAUGAAGCUCUUAACAUAAUUCAAAAAUAUUAUCCAAGAUUUAUUAUGGAUGAGCUCUACAUCGGUGAGUUUUAUUAUAGUAUUCCUUUGAACAUGGCCAAGGGCAAGUAUAUUGUAUCUUUAGACCAGGCUCCAAAUCAACUUUUCAGAAUUAUUCCGGCUCAUCACGUCCCCGUUGAAUAUGGAGGUAUUCCUUCCAUCGUCCCCGUUGAAGGACAAGAAAAGGUAGACUCGGGGCAUGUCGACAUUGUUCAUGGUGAAAGGAGAAAACUUGAGCUACAUUGUUCAGAGGGGUCUAUAGUGACCGUCCGAGCACGAGUGGUUGGGUGGGAGGUUUCUUUCGGUGCAAGGCUUGUGCCGACAGACCCAUCCGUCCGACCUACCAUUUACCCCCUUCUUCUACGCGAGUUCAACUUUAUGCCUUCAGACAGCGAUGAUUACGAGGAGAUGAUUUUAGACAAUGUUCCCUUCAAUGGCAAGAUUUGUAUUGAAGUUGAAAACAGUAGUUUUAAAACAAAAAAAUUAGUGUAUUUGUGUUUUGCCCGUAGGCAGAGUAGUUAGUGUAUGUGUGAGAUUUGAUUUUAAUUAGUAUCUUAUGUUUUAUUUAGGUACCCACUUGGUUUUAUCCUACGUUGGUUUUACAAAUGGGUUUUAUUUAUUGUAUUGUGUUAUUGAACUUAUUUUAGAUGUUAUGUAUUUUAUUUUAACUGGUUGUUAAAAACUUCAUACUAAUUAUUAAGGAGAUGUGUUAAUUAUAAUCA